AAUGGUGCGCUGGAGAGCCUGGGGUUCUUAAGACAGGUUCUUAAAAUUUUUAUAUACUUUACAGUGAAUGCAAUGUUGUGUUGAUGUGAUUGGCUGUUGACUAUAGUGAGGAAUGCGCUGUAAGUGUUGUGUGUUUAUUGAAUGAGAAGCUAUACAUACAUACAGUGAGAGAUAGACAGUAAAUGUGUUGUGUGUUGUGUUGUGUUGUGAGAGACACUGAAAGUGCAUUUAGUUUGAAAUCACAAAUAUUCAAGUAUUGACUGAUUUGACGACUUUCGCCACAAAUUGAUUAAUACUGUUGAGUGAAAACACAUAUUAAUAAAAACAAUGCGCUUUAUGUUUACAGCUUAUGACUGCCAAUAAUGAACAGUACGUUAUGUGUACUUAAUGUGAUUAUGUGUGUUGUUGUGUGACAUUUUGGUUUAGUUGUCGACCAAAUCUUGAGUGAUGCCUCACGUAGGCAGCGGUGGAUCCGAUGAUCUGGCCUCUAGUGAUGAGAUAAAAGUGUUUAGCUCUGAGGGCGAAGAGGCCGAUGAUAACCGACAGACCAACGAACACCUCAAUGAUCUCAAGACUAGCCUAAUCACUGAAGGUGAACAACACACAGUUCACCAUGCCAAACAUGGAUCUCUUUCCACAACAAUUACCGGCACACAUGGCGGGUAUCCCACAACCACCGAUGUAUCCGCUCUCAGGUCGCGGGCAUUAUUUCCCCAAUUUUCCGAUUAUCCGGUAUCCAGUAUUUCCCGAUUUUGCACAACAACACCAAUGUUCAUCAUGCCAAACAUGGAUCCCUUUCCACAACCACCACCGGCACAUAUAGGGGGUAUGCCUCGACCACCGAUGUACCCCCUCUCAGGUCACGGACAAUACUCGCAUCCAGUAUUUCCCGAUUUUGCACAACAACUCCAAUGGCAUACUCCAACAAUGUAUCCAAUGACUACCAGUGCAUUUCGUAAUCCUUAUCCGGGUUUACCAUCAGUUCAUACAUCGAGUUUUUCACCGUUUACACGAUCACCACUCAUGACACCACACCCGGGACUGACUGGUCAUCCAGGACUGACACAUCCAGCCCUGUUGGCAGCCAGUGCCGGUGCAAAGCAUCCCGAUUUGGCAGCUGCAGUUGCGGCCGCAUCUGCCGGUAUCGGUAGUCAUCACUCGCAUCCGCAUCUAUGUGUCGAUAGUAACGGUGUAAAUGCGAGCUCCAGUGCAACCAAUUCACGACACUCUUUGCCUCCCUAUUCACACUCAUCUUCACAUUCAGUCGAUCAAAAUUCAUCGCUUAGCCGAUUAAGUAAUGGUAGCUCAACUACAACUACCAGCAGUGAUAGCAACGGUGCCACCAAUGUUCGUAGUCCUCCCAAUUCAACCAAUAGUGCCAACCAUUCGAUAUCAUCCCCCGGAACGCCCGACAGUUAUAACGGGAAACCCAUGAAAUCAAACAAAGAUAAACCACACGUCAAAAAACCGCUCAAUAGUUUUAUGUUAUAUAUGAAAGAAAUGCGACCGAAAGUAGUGGCCGAGUGUACGCUCAAAGAAAGUGCGGCAAUCAAUCAGAUACUCGGACGACGGUGGCACGCAUUGUCUCGUGAAGAGCAGGCAAAAUAUUAUGAUAUGGCAAGAAAGGAAAGGUAUGUCUGGCAGUUACAUAUGCAGUUAUACCCGGGUUGGACGGCUAGAGAUAACUAUGCGUCAAAUGCUAAGAAAAAGAAGAAAAAACGAGACAAAAACAGUGACGGAGAAGGCGGCGCUCUCAAGAAAUGUCGGGCCAGGUUUGGCUUAGAUCAACAAAAUAAUUGGUGCAAACCGUGCAGACGGAAAAAGAAAUGCAUUCGUUAUCUGGACAACGGAGACACUGCCGGUGAAAGUGAAGACAAUAUCGGAAGUGUGGAGAGUAUAGAGGCGCCCACACCCGACUCCAAGAGUGCCAAUGAAAGCGAUGUCGAUAACAUGACGCUAUCAUCGGAGAUGAGUCUAUCGAGUCCACCAGUUGUUCCUAAUAGUGAUUAUGUGUUACCUCAUUCACACCAUAACCUACCACUCAUUCAUCAAAUACACAACGAGAUCAACGCAAGAGUUCAAAUGUCAACGGCGCCCACAAUAACAACACAGUCCUGUCCGCCUCGUAAUAGUCCAUUCAGUAUUGAACAAUUAGCGCGACCUCACUGUCCACAAGUGAGGUCGCCGUCAUCAUUAUCAAUAUCUUCAAUGAAUAAUAGGUCUAAAACUCCAAAUAUGACAACAAGUGAUCCAAUAUCUGUACCACAACUGCCAACUCCACCGUCAUCUGAAUCAUCGACUCCUGCCAUGUUAUCAGUGGCCUAAUGUAAAACUAUUACUACUACUAGCAGUUCAUCCAUUUUCAUCUACAAAAUCAUCUAAACAUUGUGUCAAAAUAAAAUCAUUCAUUAACUCAAAACAAAAAGACAACAAUAAGAGCUUGAAAUUUAUAAGAAAUAUAUCAUUAAUUUUAUGAUUGUUUUUAUCAAAUAUCAUAUAUUUUAGUCUUAAUUAUCUAU